AUGGCAAGCAUGAGCCAGCUAGCUGACGACAUUUUCACAUGUACAUUAUGUGUGGAGAAAUUCCGAGAACCAAGAACACUCCCUUGUUUACACACAUUCUGCCGAUCCUGCCUUGGUCUCUACAUCCGCCAAACAAUGGUCAAAGGGACUUUCAUGUGUCCACUCUGUGGUCAAGAAACAAAAUCAGAGGUCAGUGGGUUAUCUGUCGAACAGUGGAUGGAGACUUUCGUGGCCAACCAUUUCAUCGUUAGUCUGUUAAAGAUCUCAGAGACGAGACAAAAUGAGAAGUCAUGUGAUAUAUGCAAGCAAGAACAUGUUCUUGUCGAGGCAGUCAGUUGGUGUAAGGAAUGUCUGGAAGCAUUGUGUGAAGAGUGUGAACGCGUCCAUGGCCGGAGCAAGGCUUCGCGAGAUCACCACACCGUCAGCAUUGAAUAUCUUGAAAACGAAGGUCUUGAUAAACUUUUGAGGCCAAAACGAGGACCACUUGACUGUGGGGAUCACAAGGGAAAACCUCUGUCUAUGGUUUGUUUGAAUUGUAAGAAAUUUGUCUGCGAAACCUGCACAGCCGUGGCACAUGCUAGUUGUAGACAGAUACAGACAGCUGAUAAAGUUUUCACUGAUCUCAAGAAAGACAUCACCGUUGCAAAGGAUAGCAUUACAUCUUUUCGUCGGUCAGCCCAGAACCUUUCUAACAACUCCCAGGAACAUCUUGAAAGUCUGACCAAGUCCCGCGAUGAAGUUUUGGAAGAUAUAUCGGACUAUGUUAAGGCCAUGAUGGACCUCAUUCUGGAGAAACGAAACAAACUGGUUGCUGAGGUUGAGACAAUGUACGAGAAACAAAGAGAAAACAUCUCCGAGCGCGUCUUGAAUGGCGACGUCCGGAUCAAUUCUCUCCGUAAGUCCGAAAAAUUCCUUGACCAACUUCUGAUGUAUGGCUCGGAGGUGGACGUUCUGAACAAUUUCGACAACAUCGCCAAACAGAUCCAGAUCCUCAACAAACAGGUACCAGUGGUCAAUCAGGCCAGAGACUCAGUGCAGAUGAAGUUCCUUUGUGAUAGAAAGAGCGUUGAUUCACUUCGUUCUUUGCCUUCACUGGGUGAAGUUAGAGUUGUAAAGGCAAGUAAGCCGUCACUUAAAACAAAACCUGAAGCUGCGUUGGCUCUUCCUCCUCCCCAAAAAGCAUCCGUACCAUCUAAAAGGUUAUCCUCUCCGAGGAAGACUCCUGGUUCAACAAGGAGAACACCCCGGACACGGCUCGUGUCUUCCUUCUCAGGACGGUCUAGGAACGACACAAUGAAGACGGACAUAAGAGGCGUCCUCCUUCUGAAGUCUGGAGACGUAGUUGUCAUGGACGUCCACUUCAGGAACAAACGCCUUAAGAAGUUUACACCUCGUGGAAAGCUUGUGUCUGAAGUAGAUCUUGGUGAUUGUCCCCACUCUAUAGCACUUGUGUCGCAGACAGAAGCGGUUCUCACUCUUCCGAAGUCAAGGGAGUUUGCGUUCGUCACCGUCGGAGGAACUUUACACCUUACUGGUAAAAUAAAGACUCGGAAGAGUUACUUCAGUUUGUCUUCAUCAUAUGAGCAGGUUCUGGCCACUGUUGGGUUAUCUGCCCCUGAUGUACUUUCCAUCGACGUCAUUUCUUGCAAUGGAGACAUCCUCAAUACAGUAUCACUGGAUAGAGCUAAGUUUCAUCGAAUACCACUUGACCUCACAUUGUCCCCAAGCGGCGAUCUUAUACUUCUGUGUCCAGGCCGAGAUGUACUGACCUGCAUCAACAUGACAGGGGAUGUACUUUACACAUACCAGCCCUCCAAAGCUCAGGAGGUGAAGGGCGCUGUCAAUGUCACCACUGACACACAAGGUCGUACACUGCUCGUCGACAAGGCGUCCAGUAAGAUACACGUCAUUUCCGGUGACGGUAUCCACCAAGGGGAGCUGCUCAGUCGACGGGACGGUCUUCAUGAACCCCAGGCAGCAGUUGUUGGAGACUCCGGUGUAACUGUCGUCGCCCAGACUAAUGGUGAAAUCAAACUCUUUGCUACUGCAAAGACUAUAUAA